UCAAAAAAUGCUCCUCUCCAGUCAGUCGGCGGUCACCGGUACAAGGCGGGCUGGUAGGGAGGCAGCCGCCCCGCAGGCUUGCACGAACAUGGCUCGCUACGACGGGAAUACAAAACUGGACGGCUACGACAUGUUUUAAAAGUAUAACGAGGCGAGGAGAGACAACCAAGGGGACGAACGAUCGCGGUGUGAAGAAGGCAAGAAAAGCGGAGAACAAGUUGAGUCUCGAGCCUCAUGUUUGUUUGUUGAUGUCGGCAGCCCGCCCCGAAUACCUGUCGGAACCUUUGGUCUAGGCCAGAGUAUAGAUUUUGGGGGAGAGGUAACGUAAGGUGAUGUGAUUCCAUUCGGAUCCAACGGCGACGGUCAUUUGCUGACAAAUAAAACGCGAUCCACGUGAGUCGUGUUUCCUGGUAGUGCCACGUCAAGUGAGGACAUUUCAAACCCUCUCACAUUCACGGUAAGUACAUGAAGGGUAAUUGAACAUUUGGCUUCCUGUUUUCCUGUUAAAGCUGACACUUGAAAAAAAAAAAGAAAUUGAAAUGUGAUAUUUAAGUCAAUGAGCCUCAUCUGUUUUCUGUAUGGGAGUAAAGAGGCGUCGAGAAAAGAUAUACUGUACUGUAGCUCUCAUGGGUAUUUCUGGCACGUCUGUCGAGAGUUAUUCUGACGACGUGCGCAUCAUGCAUAGUGCACGCACGCACGCACAGCUAGAGACCUGUCAGGGUACACAUGACAAUACAGAGCAGCUGCGAAUGGCUAUGUGGUCAUGUGGUUUGCUAUGCCUGUGUGGCUGUGUGGCAUCCGAAGGGUGGUAAACACCCUCUUGCCCCUCUUUAGUACGCCUUCGCCUGCCUGAUGCCUCUUUCUUGUUUCCCCCGAGUCUUCCAGCAUUUCGUCCGCGGGCUUCGUCUUCAACCGCUGUGGGGAAUUCUUUUUGGGCUGCAGGUCCAGUCGUUUGUGUGUCCGUUUUAGGCCGAGCGCCACUGCAAACAGACGUCUUUGAGGCUGCGCUUGCCCAGUGAGACCCACCACCUCUCACACCGAGAGGUGCUUGAUGCAAGAUGGUGAUGGAGGAGGGGGGCCGGGCAGAGAGAAGGCGGGGGGACCCACUUGCCAUGGGAGCAUCCAGAAGGCAGAUCCUGGUGGAGCUCGCAGAUCAGAACCUCGAUGCCAUCUGUCUCUCCGCAUAUCGAACAGCCUGCAAGCUGAGAUUCAUACAGAAGAGAUGUAACUUGCAUCUCAUCGACGUAUACAACGUCAUCGAAGCGGUGCGCGACGCCGGUCUGAAUGCCGUGGAAUUAAAUGCUGGCAUUUCUGUGACCAGGCUGGAGAACCUGGUGUCCUCCCUGUUCAACCAGCUCAGCAAGCGUCUGCCCACCACACAUCCAAUUAAGCCACGAGAGAGUACUGUCCUGUUUGUUGAUUUCAUACUAGCCGCCAUUGAGAGCGAACCAGAGAGCCGACUGACGGUGUUCUCGGUGAAGGCAAUUCUGGCUGUGCUAUGUGGAGGGAAACUAGUGGACAAACUCCGCUAUGUGUUUUCUCAGGUGUCGGACUCCAGCGGUGUGAUGGUGCUGUCCAAAUUUGACCAUUUUCUGUUGGAGGCUCUCAAGUUGCCCUGCGCUGUGCAAGAAGGACCGUCCUUUGGCUACACAAAUAACAUUGUCCACUCCUGCUUCCCCCACCAGAAGAGGGUGAUGCUCAACAUGUUCCUGGACAUUGUAUCUGACCCUCCUCCAUGUCUCGUCUGGCUGCCCCUCAUGCAUCGCCUCGCCAACGUGGAAAACGUCUACCAUCCCGUCUCGUGUUCCUACUGCCGUAGCGACGGUAUGACGGGCUUCCGCUAUCGCUGUCUGCGUUGCCGAGGGUACCAGCUCUGCCAAAACUGCUUCUGGCGUGGAAAUGCCAACGGCUCUCAUAGCGACCAGCAUCAGAUGAAGGAGCACUCGUCCUGGAAGUCACCUGCAACCAAGCUGGGCCGAGCCCUGGGCAAAACUCUGGGUUGUGUAUCGUCCAGGGAAACCUCCCACCCGGUUUACCCAGAAGAACCCGAGAGGACCCUCAAUCUCGCUAAUAUCGUCCCUUCUCAACCUGUUGCGAACCCAAGUCCGGCCAUGCUGCUGUCUUCAUCAGCACCGGAGUCCUCCAAGAGCAGUUUGGCAGCAGCUCAGCGCAUGAAUGAGGAGCACGCUUUGAUCGCCGCGUAUGUGAACCGCCUCCAAAGCAGCCCACGCGGCGCGCACAGCCCCGACAGACAAGACGAGGAGCACAAACUCAUCGCCCGCUACACUUCUCGACUGGCAGAGACUGAAAGCUCUGGGGUCAUACCCACUCGAAGCAUCAACUUUGAUGUAAACAAACAGAAGAGGGAGCUCAUCGCUCAGCUGGAGUCCAAAAACAGAGAGAUUUUGGCAGAGAUCAAACGCCUCCGUUCAGAACACGACGCCGUGUGCCAGCCCGGUCCAGAAAAGGGCGGUACCAACCCGACUCUCCUGGCUGAGCUUCGCCUGCUCAGACAGAGGAAAGAUGAGCUGGAGCAGAGGAUGUCGUCUCUGCAAGAGAGCAGGAGAGAACUGAUGGUCCAGCUGGAGGGACUGAUGAAGCUGCUCAAGGAUGAGGAACAGCGACAGGCAGCGCAGGCCGCGGGAUCCUCUCACGCUUUUGCCUCCCGGCCGAGCACUUCGCCUGCCCGCUCAGUUGGUACGGCGUCGCCGCAGAUGUAUUCGCCCCAAGACUCCCUUGCCGGUGUGGGUGGGGAUGUCCAAGAGGCUUUUGCCCAAGGCACCAGGCGAAACUUGAGGAAUGACCUUCUAGUAGCAGCCGACUCCAUUACCAACACCGUGUCCUCACUGGUCAAAGAGCUUCAUUCUGAUGAUGGCCGAGAGGAAGAGGAGAGAUUGCUCAACGGGAAGGACAGAGCAGGUUAAAUUUCAUCACGGACAAAUAAAAAUGGCAGUGCGGUGUCUCAUCCCAGCCAAAGAAGAAGCUAAAAUGGAGACAAGAAACGUCCUCACUAGCCAGUGGGAAUUGGAACAUUAAGUGCCGAUGAAGCACUCGCCAUGCUGGACACCAAAGUUGAGUCCAUUUACUGAUGUAGAGCUCUGAAUCAGUGUUUGUCUUGUCACUGUGACAUUCAUUUGGUGUUGACAUAUCGGAGCAUAGCUAAACAAGGAACCUGAAGCCUCGUUUUACUGAAACCUCUUUUUUUUCACGCCUGUGUGUGUGUGUGUGUGUGUGUGUGUGUGUGUGUGUGUGUGUGUGUGCGCGCGCGCGCGCUUUAGCGUUUAAAAGCGUUUUUUUUUUUUUUUUUUAAAUGAGGGUAAAGUAAGUGAGAGAUAGGUGUGUGAAGAGGAGACAGAUGGGUAAGAAGCUUUAAUUCUCGGGAUGGUAAUAAAGGAUGUACCAGUAGUUCCGGAGAAAAGAACAAGUAAAGAAGGUCAACUGUUA